ACUUUUUGUCCUAUAUAAAUCUCAAAAUUUUGCAAAAUGCGUAAGUUGGAGACCAUGUAUGAGUUGGCUGCUUCUGAAAAUCUGAACCUUUGUGGUACUUGUAGUAGCCAUUGAUAAGCGAUAAUUUGUCAAAUCUCUAUCAAUUAUUCGGUCUCAUAUUUUUGCUUAAUAAAUUUCUAGUGGGGACUGGUAUCGUGAUGAUGACCUCACUGGUAUCAUUAGGAUUACAGCAUCGUUUUGGUCAAUUAAUUGACACCAUCUCGAGUAAAUCUGAGGUCUUGGUUCAAUCAUGUACCGUUAUUUUGUGCUUCUUUGCAUUCCUCUCAGCCCUCGCAUUUUUCAAGUAUUAUUUUUUGGAGACAGCAGCUGACCGCGUCCGGAAUAGAAUUCGGGUUCGCUUCUUCUCCUGCAUGCUUAUCCAACCCAUGACAUUUUUUGACCAUUAUGGAAGCGCCGGCCUUAUAAAUCGCCUCUCUGAUGAUGCCAAUCUCUUGGCCGAUACUACCACAAAGCAACUCGCUCAGGGUCUUGGCGAAAUUUUUACCGUUAUUGUCUUUACGUACCAAAUGAUCACUUUGUCCCGAUCUCUUUCCAUUGUGGCGUUCUGCAUUUUUAUACCCCUUGCCGGUCUCACGCUGCUUUUAGGUCUUGGCCUUCGCUACCUCCGUGCCGAAGUACAAUCGAGGAUAGCAAAUUCCAUGCAGGUGGCACACGAGCGGAUUUCUGCAGUCUCAACGGUUCGAGCAUUCUGCAAAGAAUCCGAAGAAAUUUCCCACUUUUCGACCGAGUGUGACAAGGUGCUCGCAAUUUCAUGGAAAUCCACCCUCGUCCACGCCUUUUUUCAUUCUGCGAUGGAUUUGAGUAAUGGCGUAAUGAUCGUGGGGGUCAUGUACUGGGGUGGACGUCUUCUAUACCAAAGUCACAUCAGCCCAGGAACCCUGAUAACGUUUCUUCUCUAUGCUCGAGUCGUGGGAAAGGCUAUGAAAGGGGUCUCAUUCUUUUACACCAGCUUGGUCAAGGGUAUGUCUGCGUCGGAAAGAAUUCAAGAAGUGAUCGAAACCUUGCCCGGAAAAGGAGGGCAAGAGACGGAUGUGGGCGAAGGAACGAGAACGCUUGACACUGUUGAGGGCAACAUUCGAUUUCAUUCUGUCUCCUUCGCUUAUGCGGAUAAUCCUGUUUUAUCGGAAAUCAAUUUGGACAUUCCGGCGGGUGGAAUUUUCGCUGUUUUUGGAGCUAGUGGAGCAGGAAAGACGACAUUGGCUCGAUUACUGCUUCGUCUUUACGAUGUCAAAGAUGGCGAAGGUACAAUAAAAUUGGAUGGAGUCAAUAUCCGAUCCCUGGAGCCAGAGUGGUUGAGACGUCAAAUCGGAUAUGUAUCGCAAGACCCGGUCCUAUUCUCGGGGUCAAUUCGUACCAAUAUAUUGUACGGGAUGGCAUCUGGGACUAAUAUUCCAGCAGAUCAGUUGGACUCGCUCCUUUACAAGGCGGCGAAAGACGCCAACGCGCUCGAGUUCAUUCUACGACUCCCUGACAAGUUUGAAACUCUGGUUGGAGAAAGGGGUGAACUUCUCUCCGGCGGCCAGCGUCAAAGAAUUGCAAUCGCAAGGGCUCUAAUUAAGAACCCGAAAAUCCUCCUUUUUGACGAAGCUACGUCUGCAUGUGACCUGGAAAACGAGCGACUCAUUCAAGAAGCAUUGGACGGCAUUGGGAAAAAUCGAACGGUCAUUAUUAUCGCGCAUCGCAUGAGCAGUAUCAAAAUAGCGGCAAAAAUUGCUGUAAUCGAGGACGGAAAAUCGGCAGAGGUUGGUUCUUAUCAGAACCUAAUGGCGAUACCGUUUGGUAAAUUUAAAAGGUUGGUCGACGGGCCAGGCACCUAAAUUUUCACUCCUGAAAUCUCGCAAUAACUCAUGUAUUACUUUCACUACGGAAAAAGAGAAAUAAAAGAGAGCAAUAACCAUACUAUGAAUUACAGGUAACGUUCACAGUUUUUAUUUUAAUGAUUUUAAGAAGACAUGUUUCAGGUAUAUGUAAAUGUAUAACAGUUACUGACAUGAGAGAUGUGAAUCAUCAAAUUAAAAAGCAA